AUGAGUGCUGAACCUGCUGUGAGGACAAACUCCACCUUAGACCAGCAUCUGGAGCUGACUGUGGCUACUGGAGGAACAGAAGACUCCUGCUGUCGUUGCACUUUACCAUUCAGCAUCGUGUUCCUAAUGAUUGGCAUUGCAGUUACAGCUGUAGCCUACAGCUUCAACUCCCAUGGUUCCAUCAUCUCCAUCCUGGGGCUGGUGCUGCUCUUCAGCAGUCUGCUGUUGCUUCUGCUCAGCCUUGCUGUGCAGUGCUGGAAAAUCAGACGGGGCAUAAAAAUGGACAGAAACUCGGCAAGUCAGUGCACUCUGGUGGAAAGCCUGAGAUCCUGA